CGCGGCGACGGCUUUACAUGAGUGGUGCACGCAAAACCUUUUUCUCCUCUCUAAACCCCUCUUUUUCCAAUGUAUCCUCCUAACGAUUAUUCCGGCGGCUAUCCGCCGAGCGACUAUUCUGGUGGCUACCCGCCCAGCGAUUACUCUGGUGGCUACCCGCCCGACAGUUCCUCGCGCUCUCUCAACAACAGCAGUAGCGGCCCGCCUCCCCGCCCCACAAGAAAGUACUCGUCCACAAACAACCCAUCGGUAGGUGCUGGCCCCAUGUCGACACACAUGCCCGGCUUCCCUGGCGGUGGUGCGCCAUUCGGAGGCCCUGGUGGGUACCCACCACCUCCGCCUGAUGAUAUCGGCGGGUUUGCAAUCCCCGGCAUGGGCGGUGGAUAUCCGCCAAACGGGCCCCAGGGCUAUGGUGGGUACCCUCCAAGCAGCGGCGGAUAUCCCCCACAGGGCCCUCCGCCCGGCGGACCUGGAUUUGGCGGCCCAGGCUUCGGCGGCCCUGGCGGGUACCCUCCACGCGGCCCUCCUUUUGGAGGUCCCGGCGGUGGAUUCGGUUAUCCUCCUGGCAAUAGCGGGUACCCCCCGGCAAACGGUCCCCCUGGCGGUGGAUUUGGCUAUCCGCCCUCUGACAAUUCUAGACCCCCGUAUCCCCCGCGUAACAACAACCCACCACCAAACAACUCUGGUCCUCGCCCGAACCAAGGCAACAGCCGCCCACCGCCGUCGUCUCAGCCGCCUCGGCCCAACACCAGUGCUCCUGGAGACCAGCAGCGUCCGCCGCCAAUCCAGGCACAGGCAUCUGUCGGACCUGGUCCUAGCCAGUACCGCCCUCAGGGCCAGCAGCAAGGCCCACCGCAGCAACAGGGGUUGAACUGGCGGCCAGUGACCAAGCAGUAAGCAUCCCAAUCCCUACACCUGCAUGCAUCAAAAACAAUCGUUAUCUGCUCUACAGAAAAUAAAAUAUUGAACAUGUUUAGGAAUCCUGACAUCCCCCACAACGCCAUC